AUGCUGUUGGAUUUAUAUACAGAUGAUCCAAGUCAUGAGCAUCAAGUCAGUGCAGAUUUUAGAAGAUCAAUUUUUUGGGUUUGUCCACAUCAAGGAAUUUGUAAAAUUAACUGGGAUGUGGCUGUUGAUAGUAAGCUGUGUAAAUUAGGUAUCGGGGUAGCUGUUAGAGAUGAAACAGGUAACUUUUUGGCAACCUUGAGGAAAAAACUUGACUUAAUGCCUGAUCCUAAGCUUGCAGAAGCCAAAGCAGUAGGGAUUGCAGUUCAGUUUGGGCUUGAAUUGGGAAUGAAGAGGGUUAUUCUUGAAGGAGACUUCAAAGUAGUAGUCAAAGAACUCGAACUUCAGAAUCAAACUGGAAGCUAUUUUGGGAUGAUCAUACUAGAUACUCAAGUUUCAAUAGCAAAGUUAGAAACAUGUAUAAUAAAUCAUGUUAACAGGGAGGGCAAUUCUAUUGCCCAUAAUCUAGCUAAGGCUGCUUUACAUGUUUCUGAUUACUUAGUAGACAUGGAGGAAACUCCAUUGUUUUAUCAGAUGUUGUAA